CGUAGUCACCAAAGAACGUGGAGCAGUGUCAGCAUGGCGGCCCCCGUCCAGCAGUCCUCUCAACCGGUCGGCGGAAAGCGCAAAGGCAAGGCCCAGUUCCUGCCGGCCAAGCGGGCCCGGCGCUUCGACGCAGGCGGGCCGCGGCAGCUGGAGCCUGGCCUGCAGGGCAUCCUCAUCACCUGCAACAUGAACGAGCGCAAGUGCGUGGAGGAGGCCUACAGCCUGCUCAACGAGUAUGGCGACGACAUGUACGGACCCGAAAAGUUUAUAGACAAGGACCAGCAGCAGUCUGGAAGUGAGGGAGAAGACGAUGUGGAGGCCGCCUUGAAGAAAGAAGUUGGUGACAUUAAGGCUUCUACAGAGAUGAGACUGAGAAGAUUCCAGUCAAUGGAGAGUGGAGCAAAUAAUGUUGUCUUCAUCAGGACCCUUGGGAUAGAACCUGAGAAAUUAGUGCAUCAUAUUCUCCAGGAUAUGUACAAAACCAAGAAAAAGAAGACACGAGUUAUUCUUCGAAUGUUGCCCAUCUCAGGCACAUGUAAAGCUUUCUUAGAAGAUAUGAAAAAAUAUGCAGAAACAUUUUUGGAGCCCUGGUUUAAAGCCCCAAACAAAGGGACAUUUCAGAUUGUCUACAAAUCUCGAAAUAACAGCCAUAUGAAUAGAGAAGAAGUUAUUAAAGAGCUGGCAGGAAUAGUGGGCAGCCUCAAUUCAGAAAACAAAGUGGAUCUCACUAAUCCAGAAUACACGGUGGUGGUAGAAAUCAUCAAAGCUGUGUGUUGCCUGAGUGUUGUGAAAGAUUAUGUGCUAUUCAGAAAAUACAACCUCCAAGAGGUUGUAAAGAGUGCAAAAGACUCACAGCCACACCCAAAGCUGGGAAAUGGCAAAGAAUCAAAAUUGGAACCUGAUGGCAAGUUGAAUCAAAAUGAUCCUUCAGAUGGGAAGAAUAACCCGCAGGUGGCACCAGAGAGCAGCGAGGAGCCUGGGCAGAGAAAACCAAGAUCUGAAACCCAGGCAGGGAAUGAGGAAGAAGUUAAACCUGAACUUGAAAGUCAAGUCUCGGAAGGACCCACAGCAAAGGAAAAUGAACUCUCAUAGGUCUUUCUGUGGGGGAGGUGGUUCUCAGCUGGGGUUCCAUGUAAAAUUGUGAUAAUAUAUUUUGACUUUUGUGUGCUGCUUAAUGCUGAUCUCACAACCCCUGUUGACGGUCUUGUUAGAGCCUUUCCAGGCCUUUAUGUCAGUGUGUACAGACCAAUGUACUGUUAACCUAGGGGAGGGUGGGAGGAGGAUGGCGUUGACCUCUGCCUCCUGACUGCUUUCUCUAGUUUCCCUUUAAGCACUGCCUACUGAUGUGGAACUGAACAGUAUCUUAGUGGGAGAUCAGCAGGACAUUCUCAUUCCGAGGAAGUUAUGUGCCACCUACAGCUCCGCUGUCCCUGCUGUCUCAUUGUACACACAGAGAAGUGGCACUGUGGACUAUGUGGGAAUCACUUUGUGAUGGCUUUGUACUUUUUCUGUUUUUUCUUGUUUUGUUUGUUUUAAUGUUAAGAGCAAAUCUGAUGGCCCAUGGCUGCAGUUUCAGAGAUGUGAGGUAGAAGAGAACUGUUCCAGGUGUAGACCCAUGGAUGUUUCUGAUAAGGUUAGGGAUGAGGAAUCACUCUGCCGAGUCACUUCAAAUACUAGUACAAAACAGCGAAAAGCUACUGCACCAGAUUUCACUGGCGUGCUGUCCAAGCUGUCCUUUCAGUUUGUCGAGCUUUCAAGAGUUCCUCACAGGUAGAGAAUGUAAAGGGUGGAAGAGACCUAUGAGAACUGCAAAACCAACAGUCAAGGUAGGGACUGCGAAGUGGCUGUAACAUUAGGAUGGGGGAAAAGUUUGUGCUUAAAUCUUAAAACAAGUUAGGAAGAGUGGAAAUGCUAUGGUUCUUGGCACAAGUGGCUAAAUAAAGAGCUAGUGACAUGAGAAUGUAUUUAUUCUCAGAUAACUAGAGGCUUGCUUGGUGAGCCAGACCAUGAGGCUAUGGGAGACACAGAGAAAAGGCAGCACCUUGCUAAUGCAGAUGGGGCUGGAGUAUCCUCAGGGGUUUUGACAUGUUAACUCAGGUCUGAGAUUGAAACCAUCUUGAAAGGAUGUGUGUUAGUGUCACCUAGGGGGAAAGGGAGGAGAGAAUCCUUGUGCCUUUUUGAGGCUUUCUCCGAGAAAAAGGGACUUUUCUUAGUGUAGGACAAAGGUCCUGGGGAUAAAUUACUGUUUGCUCAGACGCAAUGUUUUGGAGCUUGGUGAAGAUGCUACACUUAGAUUUUGAUUUAUACUUUGGUUUUGAUUGCCUUUUUACUUAUUUGUGUUUAGUAAAACCUGAGUGUGACUUGUUUGCUAGUUAUACAAUACCAUGUGUCUUGGAAUCUAAGUUCACUUACUCAUUUUGCUUUGCUUUCAGAUUUGACGACUACAUUUUUACUGACAUUUCAGUGUGUUAGUUUACAGAUGAUCCCAGGGUAGGAAUUGAGUGUGGUUUUUUGUCUGUUUGUUUUUGUUUUUGUUUUAAGCUAUAGCAGUUAAAACAGAAAAUAAAGAAGCAGAAACCAAAUCCCAGUGAUGUGGGCCAGUGCACCUGUCCUGCUCUGCAGACAAAGGAGUUAAGCUUGGUACUGUAAGACACUCUUCUCCAAAGCUGAAGGAAAGUUUUCAGAUGUUUUCACUUGCAUUUUGUUCUUGGUACAGCUGAAUGUUCAGGUUGUUUUCAUAGUUCUGAUAUUUUAAAAAAUAAAAAUGGAUUCGUUCUAUGAA